AACCUCAGUUAUCCACGCUCCCAUCUCCGUCUCAAUGGACGAGGACUUCGAAGACGACGGCCUUCCGCAGCUCCCAGCAUAUCCUGCCCUUCAACCUCAAUUCUCACACCCUCACAUAAAGAAACGCGGCUACUCAAACAUCAGCGACGCCCCGCACACCUCGAGUGACCCUCCUCUUUUCUCCAGCGACGAUGAGCCCGAAGCUGCAGGCCUCGAGAACUAUGAAGGUCAGCGCAAGAAACAAAAGCAUGCUGGCCCGUGGUGGCGGCAGGCGAACGGGAAGUCGCGUAGACCGGCCAGCAGAAGUGCGAGAGCAGAGGGCUUGGAAAGGAAUUUCGAUAGUGGAGUAUGGAUGAACAGUGAUGAUACGGAGCCAUCGUCUACGGAGGCAUCAUCUGGAGCACUGCACGACGACGAGUGCCAAGACUUUGAUUCUGUUGACUUCGCCCGCCAGACUAAAACUGUUUCAAACGACUCCAGUCACCUUCCACACUCCCUUCACCUUCCGCACACUUCACCAGCCACUUGUCCACAUCUAUUCACCUCUAAUCAUCUUCCACACACGUCGUCCGUCACCUGGCUACAGCAAUCUGCCUCUCGUCGACUUUCGAACACUUCGCUCAUCACUCGAUCAGGUCAAUCCACCUCUCGUCACCUUCCAAACACUUCGCCUGUCACUCGUCCAAGGCCAUUCACAUCGCGCAUCUCUCUCGCCAUGGCUCAGCGACCUGGAUCCUCGUCUGAGUCUCCCGAAUCUACUCCUGAGUACACUCCUGGCUACUACGGUCCCCCUCUUGGCCCUCCACCUGGCUUCCCUGGCUUUGAAGGGUACCCUCCUAGGCAUGGCGGACGUCCGAUUUCAACCGAGUUUGUCUAUGUAACUCCUGGUCACUUCCCUCCACCACUUCGUGUCCGACCGAACAGCGACGACGGCGACCACGAUGACAACAAGAACAUGUUCGAUUGGUCUUUCGAGAGCCGUACAAUUCUGUCCGAUGAAGACCUUCAACCACUUUUCACCGUCAUUCGGAGUCCCAAGUUUGACGAUAAGCCACCCUCGGACGACUGCUUCGAGCCCUUCACGCCAAAGAUCAAGCUUUUCCUCUCACACAACUCCCUCAGCGUCCUGCCAUCACGACUGUGGGACCUCGAGCACCUCACCGUCCUCAGCCUCCGAAGCAAUAACCUGGCCGAGCUACCUUCCGGCGUCGCCAAAUUAGCCAACCUGCGUGGACUCAAUGUCGCCAACAAUAAGCUGCGCUACCUCCCCUGGGAGCUCUCACGCCUGCUGCGCGUCACAGGAAGCCGAAUGAAGCUAAUCCUGACCGGAAACCCGUUCCUGGAGGGCACCUACUUCGACCACAACGCCCAUCUCGAGCUGCUGACGACGCUGGAAGCCGAGUUCCACAAAAAGCCCCAUCCAGACCUCCUCGCCGCCCUGGAGGCCGCAGAGGAUCCAGACCAGGCCCAAAGCCUGGCCUGGCUGCUGAAGGACCAGGAGCAGACCCUCGCCAUCCACAAGGCGCAACAAGACGCAUAUUACACCGAGGGAGCAGACCCGUCGGACGCCUGGAAAGACAUCCGGUUCCGCUUCAUCGCCGCAACACCACCCGCACUCUUUCACGCCGACGGCCGCCAUCUGAAGGGCUCGCCGCCGCAGCCGUCCCAGCUGCCCCCAGAUUGCACGUUCCUGCCCGCCACCGUCCACACGGUCAAGUUCGGCGCUGUCGGCAAGCCGCUCUGGCCGGAGCUGAGGGCGCCAGACUGCUCCCGCGUGCCGUCGCUGCUGGAACUCUCGCUAAGGAAGGCUCUCGAUGUGAUGGCUGUGGAGGAGAUGGCUGGCUUGGCGCCGGGAAUUGAGCGUGCGGUGGCGCUGGCGGCGCAGAAUCGGGCGGACUGUGGGUCGGUUUUGCGGGGGUGCUCGGUGUGUGGAGGGGGGUAUGUGGUGCCGAGGGCGGAGUGGGUGGAGUACUUCCGGGUCGAUGAUUUUGAGGACGUGACGGCGGGGUUCUUCCCGUUCUUGAGGCGGGCGUGCAGUUUUGGGUGCGUGGGGCAGAGGAUGGGGUGGGAAGGGGAGGAGUAG